AUGGUGGAUGAACAAACAGUAAGGGCAAACCUGCCUCUGCAGAGCAAACGGUUUGUAUCUGCAGGUCCCCUCUUCAUGGGAGGUCUUGAUAGACACAAGAGAGAAGUUAAGAGGUUAGGACUUGCCUCUGUGCCUGGGAAAUCUGCUGGAGGAAUCUCUUUUAAAGGGUGCUUAAGAGGCUUGGAAGCCAACUCAGAAAAGAGAGCAUUAAAGGAUGCCUUUGUUUCCAAAGAUUUAUCUGCUGGGUGUAAAAUGAAGGGCAGUGAUAAUGAAAAUCCUUCUGCAACAACCAUGGAGAAACUGCUGCUGGCAGAAGUUCCCCUUUCCACUGCUGACUCUGAGGUGGGCAAGCCUAGUCUUCAAGAUGUGAGUAGCUAUUUCUUGGUCCUGAAUAACUUGGAGGUCCAAGAAGGCGGACAAGCCUCACUGGAACAAAGGCAUAUGAAGGUGGAUGUGGAGCUAAAGGAUUUGGGUAUCCAUCAGUCUCAGAUACUCUUUGAAAUAAAGGAGAUGCCUGUUCAUGGGUUCCUUUGA